GAAGUACACGAAAACAACAUGCUGUUCAUUUUGGUUCAAAUCUAGUUGCAGAUGUAGAUCCAGACCUGCAGGCUAAAGCUAAGUGUAUUCACUUUUAGACAUAAUGCUGUCAGAGGUAUUACAGGGAACUGAACCGGGAGGAUUUGUUAUUAUUCGAGACUCUGUGUGUUAUUCUGGACGACCCCUGCUUAAGUAUUACAUAAACUGCGCCUUAAAGAGGGGGGAAGCUGUCCAUGUGUUGGGGUUUGAAGUUCCCGAGCAUGAUUUUUCUGCCAAACUGGACAGCAGUUGCUUGAAUCUGUUUCACUUUCACAAUGCAUACAGCGACCCUCUUGGCUGGACCAGGCAGUCGUUGUUCACAGUGAAGCACUUCAGUGCCACAGACAUCACAAAGCUACUUCAGGAGACUCAACAUGCCAAAGCAUCAGUUCUCGUCAUUGACUCGUUGUCUUUCGUAGUAAGACAUCAUGACCCUGUUGCUGUCUGUCAAGAACUUCAGAAGCUCAGGAAAGCAGGCAGCUCUGUAAGGAUGAUUUUUGGCCUACUACACAUGGAUCUUCAUCAGCAAGGUGUUAUUGGAGCUCUAAGCCACUUAGCCAGCACUGUAAUUUCUGUUACACCUGUGAACAAUGCACGCUACGCUGUGGCCAACACAACACAUCGUAAAAAAUCUGGAAAGGUUAUGCAGAAGGAGGAGUUUUUCAGUUUAACAGAGGACUUGACAUUAUCAAUAGAGUCUAAACCCAACAAGUUUGGAAAUGUUCAAACAGACCUGCACACUGAGUCUGAGGUGGAUCCAAUGUCAAAUUUGACUUUUAAUCUUCGUUUGUCUGAGGUUGAAAGAGAGGCAAAGGAAAAAGUUGCUCUACCCUUUGUCUUCAGUGAAAAAAAAAAGUCUGCUCUCUUGAGGCAAGGCCAAGGUUCUGGUCGUGUUAUGUAUGAACCAGAUGCCAAUGAUGAUUUUGAUGAAGAAGACCCAGAUGAUGACCUUGAUGUCUAAAAGGUCCCUUUUGAACAAUUUUAGGAACAUUAUUAGGUUUCCUAAUUAUUUUUUAAAUAAAUAAAUAAAUAAAAAUAAUAAUCCUGAAUAUCAAA